AUUUCCCAGCAGAAUGGAGAACACAUUAAAGAUGUUUGUACCAUUGAUAUUAGCUCUCUUGGUAGACAUGAACCACGCUCAGCGUCUAUCUUGCCUUGACGGCUAUGCCUGCGUGAACGACCACCAGUUUGUGUACUGCGACGAGGAAAUAUCUGAGCCGAUGGACUGUCCAAAAUCAGCGAAAUUGCAAACAAUCUGCUACGGCGGCUCUGUUGGUUACGGGGAAUCAAAGGAUGAUGCGGGACCCUGCCUCAGAGAGCCAGUCUGCACGCAGAGCGGCGCCUUUUCGUUUGCAGCUGCAACUGGAGCAGCCAAAACGCCGGAACUGUGUGGAGCAUUUUUCUACUGCAAUCAAGCUGGCAGUAACAAAUUUAAAGUGCAAACAGGCGUCUGCGAUUUUGGACUCGAGUUCAGCGUGAAAAGUGGCAAAUGCGAGCCGGAGAGUGUGGCCAAUUGCAGCAGAAAGAGUGUGACAGGACCUGGGGAAAUUGCGAUCGAGGAUCCAAGCGUGAUUCCCGGUGGAGUUGAGUCAACUAACGUCAUGCCUGCUGCCACAAUCACGACGAAACCACCGAAUAAAGAAGUGGAGGAUGAAGCCGAGUACGAAUACGAAUAUCUCGAUUAUGAGCAGUCUGCAAAACCCACAAGGCCUGGGAAACCUGGCACGUGCACAAAAAUCAUCUCUCCCGAUCCAAGCAGCUGCCGCCACUACUUCGUUUGCACCAGGAGAAACGGGCAGAGGCGCAGAAAGUGUCCCGGUAACCUGCUGUUCAACGAACAGUGGAGAGUCUGCACUCGCAACGUCAAAUGCGGCACAAGAAAAAUCAAUUAAAUUAAAAUUAACAAAAUAGAUUUAUUGGAAAAAUCAUAGAUUUUAAAAAUUUCAUUUUUUGGUCAAGCCUAAUUUUGGAUUGGAUGCACUGCUCUAUAAAACAAAUCAAUUGGUGGGUUGUUUUUAUCGUCUUGGAAAAAAUUUCCUGCAAGGAUUAGUUUUGGGGUUUGUAAGAUUUGUAUGGUUAAUCGUAGAGCAAAGGACUAAAUUUAGACUAUAUUUCGAAAGCUGGUUUAGUUUCAAAUUUUUAAAAUGACGGCGAAAUAUUUCUUGUCUCAUUAUUUGCUGUUACCAAAAAAUUAUAAAAAACAUGUAUAUGAGCUAAAUGAUAAUUAAUUAGUCCUGGUAUUAUUUAUAAUUAUUUUCAUAAUAAACAUCGCUUUGAAAUGCAA